AGAGCACUUCCCAAGGAUCUUUCUAGCAUGGGGGUUUCUGCACAAGAGUGUAAGAGGCGUAGCUGGGGGAGGGUGAAAGAACUGAUGUGUUGCAGCAAGGACAGCUGUAGUCCUCUAGACACAAUCAGGAUAUGACAUCAGCUAGGGGGAGGCAAAAAAAAAAAAAAGGAAAGCGGAGUGUAUUUAAUGAAAAGCCCAACAAGGAUUUUGUAAAUGAAAAACUUAAAUGUCUGAGCUCUGAACACACCAGUAAUUUUACAAGAAUUUCAGGAAUUUCUUUUGGACGUUUCUGGAAUAACGUACAGAAGGAGGACAUUUUCCUUGGGUCAUCUUGAAGUCGUGGGUUAGACCAUUGCUGCCUACCACUUUCUCCACAUUGAUGAGAACCAGGAAAGAAAAAAAGUUCAGCUCCCUGUUAAAUAUAUACAUGGAUACUACACUUCACUUUAAAUGUUGCUGAUGUUUGUUCCCUCUGCUGGACAGUUAAGCGAAUAAAAGGAACUUUUAAAACGAUUGAAGAACUGCCUGUUAAAACUCUAUAAUUUAUUUUUCAAAAACUAUAUUAUUUUUUUCUACUUGAAAGUUUUUUUCCUUUGAAAAAUAUAAUUGCCACCCUGGCUAAUCCUAAAUCAGAAUGGCUCUAUGCCUCAAGCAAGUUUUUAACAAAGACAAAACAUUUCGUCCUCGUAAGAAAUUUGAGCCGGGGACACAGCGGUUUGAGCUGUACAAGAAAGCCCAGGCUUCCCUCAAAUCAGGACUAGACUUAAAGACAGUGGUCCAGUUGCCCCCAGGGGAGAACAUCAAUGAUUGGAUUGCAGUGCACCUCGUGGACUUUUUCAACAGGAUAAAUCUCAUUUACGGGACCAUAUCUGAAUUCUGCACUGAAAAGAGCUGCCCCAUUAUGUCUGGUGGUCUGAAGUAUGAAUACCGAUGGCAGGAUGACUAUCGAUUCAAGAGGCCUACCAAGCUUUCAGCACCUCAUUACAUGUGCAUGCUAAUGGACUGGAUUGAGACACUAAUUAAUAAUGAAAACAUCUUUCCCACUAGAAUAGACCUAGUAAACCACGAGUGCCUCAGAGAAAGCUAUGAGUUGCGACCCUCUGCCUUUGACUCCACCGUUACGCCAGGAGAAAGAGGAAGAGACAGAAAUCUCAUUGUGCUGCCCCUGACUGGAAAAACCUCAUAG